AUGAGCACAGGGCUCUUGUUUCAUUUUGGCCGGGGGGAGAGUGGAACGUUUUCUGUGGAGCCUCCAAGGCCCCCCUCUGGUAAGGGGGACAGCCAGGACAAGGCAGCCAUCAAGAUCCAGGCCUGGUGGCGGGGGACCCUAGUGCGACGGACCCUGCUGCACGCGGCCCUCUGCGCCUGGAUCAUCCAGGCCUGGUGGCGGGUGGCUCACACGCGGUUAUUAGAGCAGCGGCGGCGGACAGCGCUGCAGCUCUACACGAGGCGGGAGUGGGCCGCGGUGAAGCUUCAGGCCGUGGUCCGCAUGUGGCGUGUGCGACGGCGUUACCUGAGGGCUCGGGCCGCUGCUCGCCUGAUCCAGAUGCGCUGGCGCAACUGCCUGACCCGUGGGCUCAUGCGUGGCCGCUACCAGGUCAUGGCUGGCGGCCUGGCACUGGACAUGAAGGUCUUAAUUGCUUAGGGCCCAGUGGGUCCUCCCUAAUAAAGGAUUUUGGUGGGUCUGACCUGACCUCUUCCCUCCUCGGGCCCUGACUGGCUGAGGGACUUGGGCAAGGGCCCUGCUACCUGUCUCCCUCAGUUUCCUCGUCUGUAAAACCGGAGACUACGAUGGCAGCUACCUCCCAGGGUUGUGGGGAUGGACAAGAUAACAGACAUAGAGCCCGCUGCAAGCCGGACGUGCUCUCUAACCGGGACCACGCUCGCUCUCUGGCUCUCUCCAGCUGCUCUGUGUCCGACACCGUCUCCGUCCGUCCCGUUCCCGCGGCUGGGAAACCGCUUCCACUCCCGGGCCUCCCCAGAGACGUCCCGGGGGGACAGG